CACUUCUCAAGCACGCAGGCCAUACAGGAGCACAACAACUCAACUUUGAAAUUAUGCAAAAAAACUGCGCUCUUUUCUUCCUGUACUAUGUCAGCGUCGGAGUUGCGCUAGCAAGUGUAACGAACACUAUUACACUGGCUGGAUGUGGAAGAAGCAGACACUUUACAACUGGUGAUAAAAUUGUUGGAGGGCGAGACGCCAGACAUGGUCAAUAUCCAUGGAUGAUUUCCCUUCAGAAGAGAGAUGCCCGGGGAAAUUUCUUUCAUGAAUGCGGUGGAAGUAUUUUGAAUGAAAACUGGAUACUCACAGCCGCACAUUGUGUUCCAAAUUAUAAAGAACCUGAAAACUACAAUGUAUUUGUAGGACUCCAUAAACAGACAGAAAAAGAAGAUCCACAUGUUCAGCGCUUGAAAGUGUCACACAUCUACGUCCACGAGGGAUUCAACUGGACAACAGCAAGGGACGACGUUGCCCUUCUGAAAAUGGCUGCACCUAUCGAUAUAGAUGGCUCCGACGGCUACGCGAACGGUAUCUGUUUACCUGAGGACGACCGAGACCCCGAGGUAUAUGCCACAGCCAUAGGAUGGGGAUACAGGGGACGUGGUAGUCCUGCGACUGAUGCUCUGCAGCAGGUUGUUUUGCCGAUCGUAAACAGACAAAAGUGCAAUAAAAUAUAUGAAAAAUAUACAUUGAGCAUAGAUGGUUAUAUAACAGAGAAGAUGAUUUGUGCAGGGACGAAAGGAAGAGGAGUUUGCAAUCAAGACUCGGGCAGUCCCCUGUUCGUGACAAGCAGCAGCGGUGUGUCCACGAUCUACGGGAUCGCUUCCUUCGGUGUCGGGUGUGGAGAAGAUGACGAUACGCCCAUGGUGUUCCUCAAAGUGGCGCCUUACAUAAACUGGAUACGUGACAUCAUCUCAAAAUAACAAAAUGUAACUUUUUUUUUUUUUGAAAAAAAAAAAAGAAUAAAACCUUAUGUAAUGAA